UCACUGUGCUGCUAUCAACAGUUGACUGGAAUCCACACGAGAUCUGUUCUGUGAGCAUUGCAUACUCAGAUUAUCAAACCAUACGAGUUGAUUUGUUCUCAAUCAAAGCAAUUAAGUAAUUCAGGGAAAUUAUAAUUUGUGCAGGAGACAGUCUCUGACGCGAAUAAUCCACAUCAACUACUGUAUAUAAUUGUGCACCUGUCCAGUGUUCCAUCUAAACCAAUUUUACAUCAACAGAUAAUGUYUUUGGCUCGGGUGUUUUUUCGUUUACAUGGCUAUUUGCAACCCAUAUCGAAAACACAGGCUCCUUUGGUCUCCCGACUCAUACGGACCCAGAAUGAAGUGAGGUAUUGGCAGUAUACUGCUGCUCCACAGUCGACGAGUUGUCACUGGCAACUUCAGGAAGAAUGCCUUGAGCUCAGCUAUGGAGGACUUGUGAUGCACUUUGACUAUGUGUGGCUACGGGAUCAUUGCCGCUCUGCCUCCUGCUACAACAGCAAGACCAACCAGAGGAACCUAGAUACAUCACAUGUGGAGCUGAACAUAUGUCCUGCCAACACCAGGGUGGAYGAUGAGAAUCUCUUCCUCACAUGGCCCGAUGGUCAUGUGACAAAGUACAACCUGAGUUGGCUGGCUCAGAACAGCUAUGAGSGACAGAAGCAGAGUGCCAUGCAGCCACGCAUCAUCUGGAACUCUGACAUCUAUGCCAAUGCCAAGGUGCCCUCUGCCAAUUGGGACAAGUUUAUGACCUGUGAUGAYGAACUGAAGAAGUUCCUCAGAAACUUUCUGCUGUAUGGCAUUGCUUUUGUGGAGGGUGUCCCACCAACUGUUGAGGCCACAGAGACGGUUACCCAGAGAGUCAGCCUCAUCAGGAUCCAAGUGUUCCAUUGCCUUAAACAUGAGGGAACGGGAGGAAGAACACUGCUCGUGGAUGGAUUCUAUUCUGCAGACCACGUGCUCCAGAAGACACCUGACAACUUUGAGCUGCUAGCACGGGUGCCUAUCAAGCAUGAGUACAUUGAAAAUGUCAGCGACCACCGCAACCACAUGAUAGGCAUUGGCCCUGUGCUCAACGUGUAUCCCUGGAACAAUGAGGUGUUCAUGAUCCGAUACAAUAACUACGACCGGGCAGUCAUAAACACUAUCCCCCAUGACGUUGUCAAGCGAUGGUAUGUGGCUCACAGAGAGUUGACCACAGAGAUGAGGAAGCCAGAGAAUGAGUUGUGGGUCAAACUGAAGCCUGGAAAGGUUCUCUUCAUUGAUAACUGGCGUGUCAUGCAUGGUCGGGAGUCCUUCACAGGCCUGCGGCAACUGUGUGGCUGCUACCUGACCAGAGACGACGCCUUGAACACUGCCCGCUCCCUGGGUCUGCAGGCCUGAKUGAAGAAGAGUCUCCAACACUUCCAGCCAAAAGCUCCAGUAUUUUGGAGAUAAAAGCUGCAGCCCUGCUUCUUCAGAAUACAAUAUUAUCAAAUCAACAAACAAAAAAAUCACAGGUGCCGAAUACAACAAGCCCUUAACCAACAAUGCAGUUCAAGAAAUAGAG